AACAAACCCAAGUUCAGUGAAUCUCCCCACUUCCCAUUAUAUUAAAUGGCCGUCCCUUACCCUCUCCAAUCACCGUACACCAAAUUCCCUGUUUCAGACUUGUCCUUUUCUUACGAACUUCCAUUUCCAUUCCUUUGUGAAUUCUCUUCAGAGAAUGAAAAAACAAUGUAUGGGAAUCAAUCUGACAACACUUGCAGAUUACAAAUCCAACUGAAUGAUCUGGAGCCGGAAAUGAUGGCCUCCUUCAAUAGAAGCUGGGCUCAGCAGACCGAAGAGAGUUACCAAUUGCAGUUGGCGCUGGCUUUGCGGGUUUCUUCGCUGGCUGCUUCUGCUGCUGAUUCCAACUUCUUGGAUUUCAAUUCUGAUACUAACACCAACAGAGUUUCCUCCUCCUCUUCCUCUUCUUCUUCUUCACCUCAGCAUGUGUCUCAUCGAUUCUGGGUAAAUGGCAUUCUAUCUUACUUUGAUAGACUUCCAGAUGGAUUUUACCAAGUCAAUGGGAUGGAUCCUUAUGCAUGGACUAUAAGUGCUGAUCAAGGAGAGAUUGGCCUGAUGCCCUCCAUCGAGUCAUUGAGGGCCAUUGAUCCGCAUGCUGAUUUGUCUAUUACUGUUGUUCUGAUUGAUAGAUUAAGGGAUCCUAGUUUGAAGGAACUUCAAAAUUGGGUUCUCAAAAUAUCUAGCAGCUGGAUCAGCACAAAAGAUGCAAUUAAUCAGCUUGCAUGUCUUGUCUGUAACCGAAUGGGGGGUGCAGCUUCUUCUGAAGAAGAUGUUUAUAGACAAUGGAAGGAGUGCACCGAAGUUCUGAAAAACUGCUCAGGCUCUAUCGUAUUUCCAAUUGGAAGCCUAUCUGUUGGCCUUUGCGUCCAUCGUGUGUUACUGUUUAAGAUAUUAGCAGACUUGGUUAAUCUACCAUGUCGCAUCACAAAGGGUUGCAAAUAUUGCAGGAGGGAAGAUGCUUCAUCCUGUCUUGUGCAGUUGGGUCCUGACAGGGAAUAUUUGGUUGAUUUGUUUGAGGAGCCAGGAGCCUUAAGUCAGCCUGAUUCCUCACUCAAUGGUACUUCAUCAAUUUUAGUUUCUUCACCGCUGUGUCAUCCAAGAUUUAAACCGGUUGAGAUUGCUACAAACAUCAAGACAUUGGCCAAACUCUAUUUCAUUGAUGAUCAAUCCCAUAAACAUGCUUGCCUUGAUGCUUCCUCAGACAAUGCUAGCAAUCAAAAUGAGCAAACUGGUCCACAGCCUAGGAAAGCAUUUGAUAGAAACUACUUUAACAAGAACAAACCCUUUUCCACCUUAAGCAACAACAAAGAGUCUUCUCUUUCACCUCUGCACCAGAGCAUUUUGUGGAAUAUUGGCUGUGAUAAAGAUCUUCAGAUGCUGAACUCUUCAAAUUUGUUGCCAAAAGCCAUCAACUCAACACACUUUAUCAGAAGUCCUCCUCUGCCAAGUUCUGUUACUUCUCACAUGCACAAAGAUGUUUAUCAAGCUUUUCCAUACUCAGAUCCAAUGCAAUGUACUGUUAACUUCAAGCAAUCAGAUGAUCCAGUAAUGAGCUUUGAUCAGGAAGAUCUGAAUAUUCCUUGGAGCGAACUUGUUUUAAAAGAGAGAAUUGGAGCAGGUUCUUUUGGAACUGUUCAUCGGGCUGAAUUUCGUGGUUGCGAAGUUGCUGUCAAAAUUCUCAUGGAGCAAGAUUUUCAUAUAGAACGCUUCAGGGAAUUUUUACGGGAGGUUUCCAUCAUGAAAUGUUUACGGCACCCUAACAUUGUUCUGUUUAUGGGUGCUGUUACUCAACCACCAAAGUUGUCCAUUGUUACUGAAUAUUUGUCAAGACGGAGUCUCUUUCGACUUUUGCAGAUGCCUGAUGCUUGGAAGGUUUUAAAUGAGAAGCUUCGCUUGAACAUGGCAUUGGAUGUGGCAAGGGGAAUGAAUUAUCUUCAUCAACUUAAGCCUCCCAUUGUUCAUCGGGACUUGAAAUCCCCAAAUCUUUUGGUAGACAGUAAUUAUACGGUUAAAGUCUGUGAUUUUGGUCUUUCACGUUCUAAGGCAAAUACAUUUCUUUCAUCGAAAACAGCUGCCGGAACACCGGAGUGGAUGGCACCUGAAGUUCUAUGCAAUGAGAAUUCAAAUGAGAAAUCCGAUGUUUAUAGCUUUGGAGUGGUUCUGUGGGAACUUAUGACACUCCAGCAACCAUGGAAGCAUUUAAACCCACCACAGGUUGUGGCGGCUGUAGGUUUCAAAGGUGAAAGGCUUGAGAUCCCAAGCCAUGUAAACCGAGUUGUAGCUUCCUUGAUUGAACAGUGUUGGGCUCGUGAGGCUUCUGAACGCCCUCCCUUCUCCCAUGUCAUUCAAUGUUUGCAGCAAGUCAUCCAAAAUACUGCAUCUCAAGAACUUAAUGGACUAAGUCUUUGAUCCACAACAUAUAUGGGUAUGUCCAAUUUUUCAUGCAAAUAUAUGAAAACUUUAGACAAAAUUCAACAUAAUUGUAUUAACGCAUAUCCAUAUUAAAGACUUGCCCUAAUCCAAAUCACAUGGGUGAUAUCCUCCUAA